AUGACACUGACCCAGUUAUUUUUCAUCCUCUAUGGUAGUGGGGGUCACAGCAACAAAAAACUGUUUGGCCCUGAGCAUCGUGCCAGGGUUUCUCCACCUUUCAAGUUUAAAAAUAGAGCUCUUCUCCCAGCGAGCUUUGCCCCUGGAGGCUGCAAAGAGUCUGGCAGGCUUAUAGAGGGGAAGCCGGUGAUUGGAUGCGCUCCUCACUCCAACAGUAGUACAUCCCUCCAGACGGGCGGAUCGGUGUUUGGUGGCAGUAAAGAUGGCAUGCACCAACGCUCCUUCUCUGUGUCCAGCGCCGACCAGUGGAAUGAAGCCAUCAACACCAGUACUAGCAGCGGAGCACCCAAUGGAAUGAGUGAUCCUGCGAAUUCCAGUGUGGGCAGCGCCACAAGUCCAAAACUUGAGCCACCACCUUCGCCACAUGCCAACCGCAAGAAGCACAGACGGAAAAAGAGCACGGGCAUCACGAAGCCAGACGGCUUAUCUGCAGGCAAUGAAGGUACAACACAAAUCUCAUCACUACAGUUUUGAAAUAACCAAAACUUC